AAAUAAUACGUCACGGAAAACGGGAAAACACUAACAACAUUCCUCGCGUGCUAGCUCGGCGAAAUCCACCCUCCCGCAGCCCGUGAAUGCUGCCUGGCGGUUUAUGGGAAGAAGGUGCAUCUGCCAGGGAUCAGGUUUCAUCAAGGGGGGCCCGAUUGGCCGAACCUGCCUCUAAAAAUACACCAUGGCAGAUAUAACUCUGCGUCUCAUUUGGUACAAACUCGGGGAGAGCUCAAGCAAGAUGGCGGAAGCGGCAGCAACUUGGUACUCCAAGCUCCGAUGGGAAGAUCAUUUCUUGGAUAUUUUGUUGAUAGGCUGGUUUUGUUGGUGUUCAGUGAUUGUCAUUGUCAUCAACUCGUUCGUAUCUUUCGUGGGUCCUCUGCAACGUCGUCUGCCGUCGGAGACACUGCGCGUGAAGGAAGCCGGUGCUAAACCCGCCCUACCCAAGGGCCCCGGUAUUGAGACCUGUCAAUGGUUUAACACUGCACUAAACUGGUUCUAUCUACACUAUUACCAUUCUGCGGACUUCUUGGACGAAUGGAUUAAGUCACUCAAUGAACAGAUGACCAAACUAGGGGGUCCUGUGCAGACAAAGUUUGAGAGGAUCCAGGCUGGGAGUCUGCCGCCCAAGUUCGGAGAAAUCUCCUGCGAGGCCACACCAGAAGACAAGUUUGUCAUCCAUGUCCGUGUGGAUUCCAAGGAUCUGGCGUUUGUCAUCUUCUGCUCUCAACAAACUCAUGAAGGGGUCAAACUCACCAACUGCACCGCCACUGUCUUCCGGCUCCGAGGAACGCUGCUGGUUCAAUCGUUCAAGGAUGCGGGAGAGGUGAAGGUCAACGUUGCAUUUGACGGGCGUCCCGACAUCAAGGUCAAUGUCAAACCAACCAACCCAUAUCAGGACGAUGACGAUCCGUCGGACAUGGUGGACAUCGGCGUGGUGGAGGAGCUCGUGCGUCAGGCAAUCUGUAUGACCACCACCACAUUCACCAUCACCCACCUCCUCGCCCCGGACACCCGGGGACAGUCCAAGCGCCACUCCGACCACGACCGCGGCUCGGGACAAGGUCAAGUGCCCAACAUGAGCCAAGGCUACUCCCAGAUGCCUCAGAUGAACGAGGGCAACUUUGAGCGCCGUAUGCCCCAGACACACGGUGGUGCACCCAUGCAGAGCAUGCACGUGCAGAGCACGCAGCUGCAGAGCUCCCCGAAGCGCCAUGCCGCGCCCCAGCCCCCCGUCUCUGCUGUGCACUCUCCCCCCAAGUCAGAGGCUCUUUUCGUGCCCAUCGAGGCAAGCCAGUACCAAAGUGCUUUUCAGACCCCCGUGUCGCAGGCCACGGACGUGCCGCCCAAACCUCCACGCUCCACUGCUGACAAGCGCCUCCUGGUCAAGGUCAUCAAGGCCAACGGAGUCGGCGCCAAGGAAAUCGGUGGUUUAAAUUUUCUAGGUUCAGUGAACCCUGUUGUGUUGCUGCUGAUGGACGACCCAAUCCAGAACCACUCCACCAGCGUCGUCAGGAACGCCAGCAACCCCUUCUGGGACGAGAGCUUUCUCUUUGACGUCACGCAGCACAGCAACGAGCUUCGCUUCGAGGUGUUUGACAAGACCAAGCAGCCUGGAGAGGACUUCCUGGGGGAGACGACUGUGUACAUGAGCGACCUCCGCCUGACCCCCAGCAGUCGCCAGAUCCUCGCCCUGCAGAGUCGCCCCGGCAACUUGGACUCCAUCAGUGGCUCCCUCACAGUGGAGUUUCUGUUCAUGGAUUCGGCGGAGGCAGAGAUGAUGAUGGGGAUGUCGUCCGCUCCCAAUAGCCAGGUGUCCCCCAAACGCCGCAUCGAGACGGAGCGCACCAUCACCCCAGGUGGUACUGUCAUCACUACCACAACCACGACCACACAUCGACCUCAGUUCGGCCCGCCCCAACCAGGGCCAGAUGGACACACCCCCAGCCUGGUGGAGAAGCAUCAUCACUCUAACCCGGACCUCGACUCGUCGUCCACCCUCAGCGCCGACUCCCCGUACUUCCCCGGGGACCAGUCAUUGUCAGCAUCUGCGUCAUCAGAGUUGAUUGUAAUUAAUGGAGUGGAGUCCGUGACAGAGGCAGCCAUCAGGGAAUUGAAGGAUCAGUCGCGGAGGCCUCGCACUCCAACCAAAACUAGCACGCUUAUAAUAACCGGCGUCAAGCGGGAGCCGGUAGUCCCUGUCAUCAAGACUAUAGAGAGUUCUCCCACAGAGGAGGGGGGUGACAUCGCCGUCACCAACGCUGCCCCGGACAAGGCUGUAGAGAAAGAAAAGAAGAAAAGUUCGUUUGGGGAAGCGAUAAGGAAGCGUUUUGGUCGCAAGAAGCGAUCGCAAAGUGCUGAUCGAGCUGCGACCAGUUUGAAAGAAGGCGCAAACUAUCUCCGCCCCCCAGAGCAAACUUACGGCCCUCAAUCUAAAGAUGAUAUGGAACUCGUGCGGUCCCAGGACCCCGCAAAAUCACCCAACUUGAAGAAGUCCCGCUCACUAGGAGGUAGCUUAAAGAAACUUUUCCGGCGCAGCAGAAAAAGGUCAAAGUCUCGUGGAGAGUCAUCACGUGAUAGCUCUUUUUCAAGGUCAUCUGAUCGCCGAGCAGGCUCUCAAAAUCCUUCCAGGGAUAGUUCGUUAAACAGACAUUCAGCGCAUCAAAGGGCCGCCUCUACUUCCUGAAGCCACACCCCCUCCAAAUCUAAUUUUAAUAUUAAUAUAUUUUGUACAAAAAAACCUGAAUUAAUGCUAAGCACAAAUUGGCUGCAUGACCUUUCAAGGAUGCUGUUACAAGUUUUCAACAGCCUUGACCUUAGAGGUUCAAGGUCAUAUUUCAUUGACCUUUUGUUAUAAUGUCAAAAGUAAUAUUUUCAAGGUGAUCCUUGCUUGUCUUUUUCGACCUUGAAUGGCCUUGUGAUAUUCCCAAUGACCUCAUUCUAUCAAAAUGCUCAAACGACCUUUAAGGUCAGAUGCAUACUAUCUGGUCAUGUGUUUAUGGAAAUUAAUAUCAUGUCACGUAAUAGUGUUUCUGAUAGGUCAUGUGCCACUUAAUGCUGUUUCUGAUUGGUCAUUUGCCAGAAAGACUCUUGUAGAUGUGUGGAAAUAAUAUGUACAGACUGUCUUGUGUAGUAUGUGCAUUUCAUAUAGCUUUAUGAUUCCAGUUUUACUGCUCUCACAAUCAGUUGCAGCCGUAUUUGCGUAAAAACCCUGGGUAGGAAGUCUUACCUCUGAAACACUUGCUUCUUCCUUCCUAGCUGAGCUGAAACAUGAAACAUGGACAGACAUGUCAAGCUUUGUGUCGCCGUCAAACCUGAAUAUUGUGAUCAGAGACAGUUAUGGAUGCCUUUCGGUCAUGUCUAUUUUACCCAAAUCAAGAAAAUGGAGACCUCUCAGUAAAGUGCUACGCAACUAGUUCAAUUGGGUCGAUGCUACAUUCUCUCACAGAUGUGGAUCAGGAGUGUCUUGACAAGUUACAGGCGUGUGUUAGUAGAACUGAGUAGGUUUCCUGAUAACUAGUUACAGACGUGUGUUAGUAGAACUGAGUAGAUUUCCUGAUAACUAGUUACAGACUUGUGUUAGUAGAACUGAGCAGAUUUCCUGACAACUAGUUACAGGCAUGUGUUAGUAGAACUGAGUAGGUUUCCUGACAACUAGUUACAGACGUGUGUCACUAGAUGGGAGUAGGUUUCCUGAUAACUAGUUAUAAAUGUGUGUCAGUAGAUCGGAGUAGGUUGCCUGAUAACUAGUUACAGACGUGUGUCACUGGAUCGGAGUAGGUUGCCUGACAACUAGUUACAGACGUGUGUCACUAGAUCGGAGUAGGUUUCCUGACAACUAGUUACAGACGUGUGUCACUGGAUCGGAGUAGGUUUCCUGACAACUAGUUACAGACGUGUGUCACUAGAUCGGAGUAGGUGUCCUAACAAAUAGUUUCAGACGUGUGUCAGUAGAUCGGAGUAGGUUUCCUGACAACUAGUCAUUGACAUUUCGGAGCACAAGUGAUACGAUUGGUAAUUCUAAUUACUAAGGGAACUAGACACUGUUUUUAGGCUUUUACACUUUUCUACAUUUGCCCCCAGUUUUGAAACAUACUGGUCAUAGAACACCAUGGCAGGGGAGCUUGGACCAGGAGUCCUGGCAUGUUCUGUUAGAACUCACUCACUCACUCACUCACAAUAUUCAAGUUUUGGGGUAUUGAUUCUUACAGCUUUGAGUUGAAAGUCUUCGUCUUCGUCCCUCAUGUCGCACUCUCUGUAGUGUUGUCCAUGUUGCCAUAGUGUAGCUGUAGCUGUAGCUGUAGCUGUGUCAUCAUCUCAUUGUGCUGACAGUCUCACUACAGUGCUGUGUAGUACAGGAUCUAUGUUAUCCUUCUUCAGAACUAUGGUGUCAGUUAAUGUACUUUAUGGCAAAAUGAUAUCAUUUGCAAGAACACUGUUAUUUAGUUGAAUGCUUCAUGCGACGGUCACAAUGACUCAUCUUGCAACAUAAUAACAAUGUCAGGGACAGUAGCAACCAUGUUACUGUCAGUAAUAACAUUGUUAUUUCCUGCAAGAGCUAUGGUAUUGUCAGUAAUAACAUUGUUAUUUCCUGCAAGAGGCAUGUCAUUGUCAGUAAUAAUGUUAUUUCCUGCAAGAGCUAUGGUAUUGUCAGUAAUAACAUUGUUAUUUCCUGCAAGAGGCAUGUCAUUGUCAGUAAUAAUGUUAUUUCCUGCAAGAGCUAUGGUAUUGUCAGUAAUAAUGUUAUUUCCUGCAAGAGGCAUGUUAUUGUCAGUCAUAAUGUUAUUUCCUGCAAGAGGCAUGUUAUUGUCAGUAAUAACAUUGUUAUUUCCUGCAAGAGGCAAGUUAUUGUCAGUAAUAACAUUGUUAUUUCCUGCAAGAGGCAUGUUAUUGUCAGUAAUAACAUUGUUAUUUCCUGCAAGAGGCAUGUUAUUGUCAGUAAUAACAUUGUUAUUUCCUGCAAGAGGCAAGUUAUUGUCAGUCAUAAUGUUAUUUCCUGCAAGAGCGAUGUCAUUGUCAGUAGUAACACUGUUAUUUUCUGCAAGAGCUGUGUUAUUUAGGCAGGGGUAAGCGCCACCUGGUGUGAUGUGAUAGAAGGCUGGCUGUAGUCAGCCUGUGUUUGAGGCUGUGUGGAACCCUUGAGCGCUGUACAUGACCCUGGAAGGUAUAUGGUAGGCUUUAGACUCCUUCUUAGUAAACCGUUACGCAUGAUGCCAGUAUUGAAGAAAUUCUAGUCCGUCACAAUCAGCAUCUUAAACCUCACAAGAAAAAGGAAAUUGAAAAUUUGACGAUUGUGCGAGGUACUAUGAACUGGGUGAUUUUGUGGCCGAAGUUGGACAUGUGUUGGCCCCCUGUUAGCCUCUUCCUUCCUACAUUCGAUCCCAAAAGUCACCAUUCAUAGCGUGUCGUCGUCUUUCUCGUGACAGUCUGGAACAAGAGAACAGAGUUCAAUUCUUGUUGAAAAUUGAAAAUGUUUGACAUGCUAGAAGAUCAAAUUUGAAGAUGUUUCAUGUCUUGGUAUUCUACCAACUUCUUAAUGCCAACCAAAGACUUCUGCGUGCAAUUUGUUUACAAAAGUUUGAAUCGUUCAAUUUUCCUUUUUUCUGUAUCAAUAUCUUGGCAUUUGAUUAUGUGUGGUACUGAUUUGAAGAUAUAAGACUGAGGAAGCUGUACGAGUGUGAGAUGAAUGGCUGUCUGACGAUCCUCCAUUGAUGUUAGGGAUCUACCCACGAUUUGACCAUUGUGUUCAAAUGCUCAAUUUUGAUUUUUACGCUUUUUGGAAUUGUGCACUUCUCUGUGUUGUUUUUUUAUUCUUUUUUUAAAAUAUAGAAUAGCACUAAAACCAAGCAUGUUUUCUCACCAUCUGAUUUCCCGGAGAUAAACUGUAGAGACUGAUGAGGCUGAAAAGAAACUGGUUGGGGUUGUCUGAGAAUACAGAGCUUCAGCAGCUGGGACAUCGUCAUUCUGUUUCCAUGGUUACCUUGCUGUUUCCAUGGCGAUCAUUUUGUAUGAUGUUUUUAAGACAUCGUAUUCAGUUUUGAAGGAAAUAGGAAUGUGAGAAAAGUGCUUGUUAGCUCUUUUUUAUGAAUUUUACUUUACUUUUGAAUGUUGUGUGAGAUGGGAGUAGCUGGUGAUCAGUGAGGAAUACACAGGGGAACUGUGAGACGUACGUACAUGAGACAGGGAAGGGCAAACUAGUACCUGCUUCUCAAAUGAAAGAGAAGACCCCAUUAUGAGGUCGUAUGUACCCCAUUACGAGGUCGUAUGUACCACAUUAUGGGGUCACAUGUAAUCCAUUACGAGGUCCCACGUACCCCAUUACGAGGUCACAUGUAAUCCAUUACGAGGUCACGUUUACCCCAUUACGAGGUCACAUGUACCCCAUUUUGAGGUCACGUGUACCCCAUUACGAGGUCACAUGUAAUCCAUUAUGAGGUCACACGUACCCCUAACGAGGUCACAUGUACCCCAUUUUGAGGUCACGUGUACCCAAUUACGAGGUCACGCGUACCCCAUUACAAGUUCGCAAUGUACCCCAUUUUGAGGUCACGUGUACCCCAUUACGAGGUCACAUGUACCCCAUUUCAAGGUCAUGUGAUAAACGUUAUCUUUUGUUGUUUUGGAAAGUUAAGAGUUAAAUGUAUCACUAUGUAAAGUUUUGAAGAAAAAUGAUAAAAAAUCAUAAGUAAGCAAUUUAGAAAAUGACAAUAUUUACACAAUAAGUUGAUGCUUUCAUUCCAUCAAGGGAGACAACUGGAAGUGAACUGUAGCGAAAGGCUCGGGAAAACAUCGUCCUCAUUAUCAUCUGGCUGUCUUGUCCAUAUACUACUGGUUAUUGAAAUCAAUUCAAAACUCCAAAAUCUGUCAAAAAAUACAUAAAUUAUUUAAUUUUAUUUUGAAAAUUUUUCUUGCAAAAUAUACAUAUUUUGGGACAGACAGCAAAAUUGUCAAUUUGAAUGGACCCCCAGUAUUACAAAGCCAAAAUACAAGUGCAAUAUAGACUUUUAACAUGACGGUGUGAUAUUUAUAUUUAUACAAGUGUAGUGUCUAGAUGGAAUGCUUAAUGUCAAGUUUGUACGGCUGUACUAGUGGCAGUGUGAUAUUAAUUAUUGUAGAUAGCUAUUUGGUACAAUAUUGUUAAAUGACUUUGUGACUUUUUUUGUAUUACUAAAGGGACGUGGACGUCUUGUGUGCACUGAGCAGUCCAUUUCUGCUUGACCCUGCUGCCUCUAACACUGUUUGCUGGGAGUGUUAUGUGAAAAUAUGUCAUAAAUGCUGUUAUGUUGAAGAAUAUGUUCAAAGGUGCAAUUUCAGUUUUGAUUGAAACUAUUUGAAAUUUCAAAUUUUGAAAUCUGAAAAUCUCCCUCUAUCAUAUUUGGAUUUUUAGGUGACCGUCUAUGAAAAUGUUGAUGAAUAAUAUUGCCACGUUUGGUUACAUUUCUUUCAAUAAAAGGGAUGUAACGUGUUUAUGUUUAAGAACUAACGGGCCUAGUGGUUAAAGCAUUUGCUCGUCACGCCAAAGACGUUCUGGAAUAAUUCUAAAAGCGGCGUAAAACCGUACUCACUCACUCACUAAAGAACUAACCUACCACUAGAUCCAUGGUAAUCAAUCUGUGAUCGCAAAGCUGAACUUGCUCCUCUGUGUUUGUUAAAUGCUGAACAUUUGAUGAAAAUUAAUCUAUGCAAGAGGACGUCAUCGUUUCCUUGGCAACACUGAAUAUUUUCUACACCAAUCAAACAGCAGCUGCCGAUUGUGUUUAACCUUCAUAGAUCAAAACUUCUUUCGUCGAAGUGUCACUCCUUUGUCAAAGACACUUCACAUUUUCGAAAGAAAUAUUUCUCCCUGUUACAAAAAAAUAGCAAAAUCCUCAUCGUCUGGCUUUUCAUGUUUUUCUGAUCGUGCCAGUGGUUGCCGCGGGUAGACAGUGGUUGCUGGGCAGAGCCAGCAGUGGCACUAGCUGGCCGGUACCGAAAGUUAGAGACAACUAGAUGCACCAGGUGCUGUAGUCUGGAUAAUCAAGAUAUCCACCUUAAUGAAGAUCUCAUGGGGAGUUGUGGAGAUCUAAGGGGAGCUUGUAGAGGUCUAAGGGAGAUCUAGGGGGAGACUGCAAAGAUCUAAGAUUGUAGAGAUCUUGGGGGAGAUUGCAAAGAUCUAGGAUUGUAGAGAUCUAGGUGGAGAUCUAGGGGAGAUUGUGGAGAUCUAGGGGAGAUUGUGGAGGCAAGGCAAUAUUCUGGAGAUGUUUGUGGGCACAUUGUGGAAGUGUUGGAAUCUCAACAGGUUCUCUAUGAUCACAUCGGAAUUCUGAAGUGAUCGUGUGUGGAUUCUGUUAAGGUCUGACGGGGAAUUCCAAUGUGUGUGAGAAUUCCGCGAUGUUUUGGAGAUCUGUAGGCAGUGUUACAUCAGUCUGACAACAGUGCACAUUAGAAUAAAACUGUCGAAAAACAA